AUGGGCACCCCACCCGGACACAAACACCCAACGCAGCUAGCCGCGCACACACCUGGGCACACAACCCACGCACACACACCUGCACACAGCCCCUCCGAUGGGCGCGCGACAGCCCCCAGACACGGCCGCCGGAGGGGCCGCCACUCGGGAGGGGGACACACACGCGCGCACGGCCGGCCACCCCUCCGCGGCUCUCGCCGCCCCGCACACGCCCGGAUGGCCACACUCGCCGGGCGCCGCACACGCCGGCGCCGGGCGGGCACACACAGGGCCGCGCGAGCGCACGCCGGGCCGCCGCAGCGCCGCGGCUACACUCCACGCCCGCACGCGCGCCGCGCUCCGCUCCCACCCGCGCCCCGCCCGCCGCCGCCCGGCCGCUGCGGGCCGCGCUCACCCAGCCCGGGGGGGGCCCGGGCCCGGCCCCGCCGCGCCGCCGCCGCCUCGCUCCGCGCCAUGGUGGGGGGAGGGCCGGGGAGGGGCGCGGUGCAGCGGGGCCGCCUCCCUCCCGCCUCCCGCCCUCCCGCGCCGCCGCCGAGCUCCGCCCUCCGCGCCGCCGUCGCCGCAAGGGGGGAGGGGGCGCCGACCCGAGGGGCGGCCGGGCUGGGCGGCCGCCCGCCCAGAUUUCCCCCACCCCAACCCGGACCACCGCAGACCCCUCUCCACUGCGGAGCCACAGCGGCCCGCCCCGACCCCUCCUCUACCCCACCCUUCCCCCCCACCCCGGCCCUGCCAGAGACUCCCCCCAGACCACGCCCCAACCGGCAUGGGGAACCCCCAGCGCCCCCCAUGGAGACCUCAGAUCAUGUCCCCUUCCCCAGAGAGACCUGA